CAACGUUUUUCUAUUUAACUGUCAUAUCCCCUGUCUAGUGGUGUUUAAAUCUUGACAAGAUGCGCUACUUUGUGUUGAUAAUGUCCUCGCUACGAGCUCGUCCGACUUUGGAUCCUGGCACCAGUUAGGGUCGUCGCAGACUCCCGUGGGGGGUAGGGGCGCUGUACCGUCAACACGGCUAUCCUAACCCCAGGUGUCGUCAGUCUGGCCACUGGUAAAGGUGUGAUUUCGGUUUGUCCAACAGUACAUGUGUGUGAAACCUCAAACUACGGUCCCAUCUCUUACGGCUAUUUAUUUGUAGUCGGUUAGUCGCAAUGGCCCAGAAAGGCUCAGUGGUAACGCUCACUGUCAUAGCUGUAACUUCUAUGUACUAAGCGUGCAGCCAGAGUAUCUUGGUAGAGAUUGCAUCAAAGUAGUCAGCAAUGUUUAGCUGGAAAGCACCUAGCGUCCACACGGCCAUAUCUAGCACAACGAUGCCAGCCGCGUGCCUGUCGCAUAGUAAGGUACAUGUACACCAGCUAUGGACAGGGCAUAUUAGGAAAGGUAGUUGUCCAAAUCGGUCAGAUGUUGCAGCAUGGACGCGUCGACGAUGGGCUCGUCGCUCCGCGAGCCAGGCGAUCCAAGAGCAAGUCCAGAAUACAACUUCGCUAGUAUCAGAGGACACACGCGCAACUCAAAUGUAUGAAUACAAGUAUGAGUUCGACCUGCCGGAGGGCCGUGUGGUCAUCCAGCCCCUCACCCCGCCCCUCAUCGACCCGACCGCCGACCUGCUCUCCGCCUCCUUCCUCGCCUCCUCCGCCCACCUGGCACCCUACACCCGCUACCUGCGCGCCAACAUCCGCCGCUACCUGCAGGAGCACCGCGCCCUGCCGCCCCGGGCGCUGGUGCUGGUGGCGGUGCUCCUGCAACCGCACCAACUGCCGCAGGGACAACAGCAGGGUCAUUUGCAGCAGGCGCAGCAGGGGCCGCAGCAGCAGGGUCAGUCGCAGCCGCGGAUGGCGAGCGCGGCAGCAACACCGACAGCAGCAGCAGUGUUGAGUGCCCCCUGCGCUGCAGCUGUUGUGACCUGCGGUGCGACCGAGGGAAUGGAGGAGGAGAAGGCGGAGAAGGCUGCAGGGCCGGCGGG